AUGAUGUCUAGUGCUGAUAUUACUCACAUUGUGGGCGGUCGCGCGCCGGACUUCACGCUGGACGUGGCGCGCGCGGAGCGGCUGCUGCGCAAGAUCCGCGAGGCGAAGCAGCGGCGCUGCGCCUGCCGCCUGCUCACGUGGGCGCUGGCGCUCGUCGUCUUCCUGGCCGCCGUUGUCGCUGUCUCCAUGCUCGUCACGCGCGGCCAGCGCGUCUUCGGGCCGCUCUAGCCGCGCUCU